UAUCCAAAGUUACCGACUUCAGCAGUCUCUCUCUUUUCACUCUACUUUCUCGCACCCCUCUCUCUCUUCGUCCCUUGGCUUGGCCACUCAAUCUCCCUCUCUCUUUCCCUUACGGUUUACCUCAGCUCUUCUUCCCUUACUGUCACUCUCUAAUCUCCAGUGUCACAGGCGGCGGCUCACCCUCGGCAGCGACAACGACAACAUUUCUCCUCGACGAAACACGGACACAGUCACGGGGUGACCCACCGACGAGUCGACGACGAUUGUUUGUUCUGAGUUAGUAUAUAUGUUUGUUUAAUGUCUAUGGCUGUUACAAUUGAUAGAUUGCUCAGGUGGUUACUUUGCUACUUCUGUGAGACUCAAUUGGGACUAAGCUUGCGGAUUUCCAGUAUUUUUUAGUUUGCUAAGCUUUAUUGUCUAAAUUUUUAAGGGCAUCUCUUUCUCAUGUCGGUCACUUUGUUUAUAAGCGGUCCAUGGAUUAGUUUAGCAUACUCUUUGGUUAGACGAUAAGGUUCAUUGGUUGGAAGAAUUAUCUCCUACAAUUUGUAAUCUUUUUUCAUUUCAGUUUGAAUAGUGAUAGCCCUCCCUUAAAAAGAAAAAAAAAUCUAAUCAUCCAAGGAGAGCUUGAGUUGAGCAGAGCAAAGAUUAAGGUGAAGGUUAGCAGCACCAAUGGCUAUUCAACUCUCCGGCCACUGCCUUCCUAACUUUCCCAAAGUUGCUGGGAAUUUUUUUCAGACCCAAACCAAACCAAAGCACUCAUUCUCUACAAUUCUCUCAGCAAGAGCGUCACUUUCGUCUACACCUCCCACUAUCCAGAUUGUUGGUGGGAAAACUCCAAAUUUUUAUAUACAUGAAAGUUCUAAUUCAAUUAGCUCCCGAGUUGAGGAUGACUGGGUUGAUCUUGAUACAGAUCUUUAUCACUGGACUAAAGCUCUUCGACCUGUUCAGUGGUAUCCUGGUCAUAUUGCAAAAACAGAAAAAGAACUUAAAGAACAACUCAAGUUGAUGGACGUUGUGAUCGAGGUGCGAGAUGGCAGAAUUCCCAUGUCCACUAGUCAUCCACAGAUGGAUGCAUGGCUUGGUAAUAAAAAUAGAAUUUUGGUGUUGAAUAGAGAAGAUAUGAUAUCUACAGCAGACCGGAAUGCUUGGGCAGAUUAUUAUGCAAGGCAGGGAACUAAAGUUGUCUUUGCAAAUGGCCAACAUGGAAUGGGAGCCAUGAAGCUAGGCCGGUUAGCCAAGGCAUUAGCUGCAGGUGUAAAUGUCAAACGUAGAGCCAAAGGACUGCUUCCUCGUCCAGUUCGAGCUGGAAUAGUUGGGUAUCCAAAUGUGGGAAAGUCUUCUUUGAUCAACCGAUUGUUGAAGCGCCGGAUGUGUCCAGCAGCUCCAAGACCUGGUGUUACAAGAGUAUUGAAGUGGGUUCGGUUUGGGAAUGAUCUUGAAUUGCUAGACUCUCCUGGUAUAAUUCCUAUGAGGAUUAGUGAUCAGUCUUCUGCAAUAAAGCUUGCCGUAUGUGACGACAUUGGAGAAAGAUCCUAUAAUUUUCCUGAUGUUGCUGCAAUUCUUGUACAGAUGCUGACAAAGCUUCCGUCAGUAGGUAUAGAAGUUCUUCAGAAUCGAUACAAGAUUGAUGCGGAUGGCCAAUGUGGUAGAAGAUUUGUUCACAAGCUUGCAAAUCACUUGUUCAAUGGUGACGAUAACCAAGCAGCGUUUCGUAUCUUGUCAGAUUUUCGGAAAGGCAGGUUUGGUUGGAUCGCGUUAGAACGGCCACCACGGUAAUACCACUAUGUUAAUUGGUGGUAGACUAUAGAACUUUGCCAAGCUUCAAAGUAAAAGACGUUUUUUAUGGGACUGAGGACGCAAUGCUGACUACUAAGAAGUGCACUAGUUUCAAGACCAUUUGGAUUUUGAAGUUUCUAAUUCAUGUCAGCAUUGAUGAAAGGAAACAAGGCUGUGUUUGGAAAGUUUUCAUGAAAGAAAUCUAUUAUCAGAUUGGUUGGAAAGUGACUUUGGAGAUUACAAGUUUGAAAUUACGCAGCUUGUAUAGCUAAGAUGGUCUUUUUCAACUUCUUAGGCUCAAGCUCAAAUGCUUUUAGAAUAGCGGGUUUAUCUGUGUAAUGCCAAUGAUGAUACAACCCACAAUACAAUAAAAAUAAAGAGGGCUCAAUUUGUAUUUUAUUUAUGUAUGUCGGAGCCAUUAUUAUGUUAUGUAAUAAUAUAGUACAAUUCUAUAAGAUAAAGCUGCACUGCAUGCCCUAGGCUUAAAACUA